CAGUCUGGAAGCCACUUUGGGGGUCCUGGCCUUCAUGGAGCGGCUGAGGCACUGUCCAUCAGAACACCAGGCCACGGUGAAUGCUGUCCUGGCUGCCCUGUGCCGCCCUCUCUUCCACCACGAGGAGGCUAAGAUCCGAAGGGCAGCCAUGAGGACCCACCUGGAUCUCCUGCAGCACCGCCACCACCACCAUCAUGAGGGUACAGAGGAGAACAUCACGACCCUCAUCGCGGUGCUGAUGCAUGUGGAGGAUGAAGACCUGGAGGUAGCACAGGCUGCGAAGGACAAUCUGAGCCUCCUGGCGGAAGCCCUCCUAUGGCACCUGGAGGGCAAGCUGCUGGCGCAGGACUCUUACAGCCUGCAGGAGCUGCUCCACAAGAUCGCCAAGCGUCUGAUUCGGCAGCUCGGCACAGAGAUCGCCGUGGAGAUGGAGGCCACCAAGAUCCUGGGCUUCUUCCGCAGCGAGCAGCCUUCAGUGAGGAGAACGGCUGCCCUGCUGAUCGGUCACCUGGUCCACAAAAAGGGCAGCAUCCUCACUGAAGGGAACAUAGAGACCUUCCAUGCUGCGCUGGAGAGCUUGCUUGGCGACCAUGACCCCGAGGUCGGGAGAGUUGCCUGCAAGACAGAGAAGAUCGUGAAGAAGGCCUUUUCCCUCCACUCCCGGCACGGGCUGCGGGCUGCCGUUCGGCGCUUGUGGGCGGGCUGUAAGAAGAAGAGACACCCGCCAGAGUACGGUGAUCUCUCCACCUGACCGACUGGAACAACAGCCCCGUGCUCUCCCCUU